AUGGAAGAUAGAGGGAGAGGGAUUCCAAUUCGAUGUUGUUGUGGAGAAGAUGUGGUUUUGAGAACCUCAAAGACUGUCAAAAACCCAGGGAGACUCUUCUUUGCCUGUCGAUGUGGAGUGGAGAAUGUUCGUGUUCACUUGUUUAGGUGGACAGAUGAAACAAUGGUGGAAGAGAUGGAAGACAUACUUCCGAAGAUUGAAAAAAUUGAAGGAUCUUCAUUGACAUUACAAAAAGAGGUACAAUCUUUAGAAUGUGAGAUGGAAACUCUGGCCAUUCAUACACGAACAUGUGAAUCUGUUGUUUCCGGGUUUGAGAAGGAGUUGAUUAGGUUAGAGAAUGAGCUGCAAGGUUGCAAGAUGGAAUUGCGUGAAAUGAAGAACCUUCUUGUGUGUGUAUUGUUCUAG